AUGAUCAACCUGAAUGUGGAUGAUGAUGUACAGUUUGUUAGAAGAAGUCUGAAAGUCAAAAAGCCUCGAUUUGAUGCAUCCUUGGUUUAUUUGACCCGAAGAUUCAUGGAUCUUGUCAAAACAGCUCCAGAUGGUGUCCUUGAUUUAAAUGAAGUAGCAACAACGCUUGGAGUACGAAAACGAAGAGUUUAUGACAUCACCAAUGUGUUGGAUGGAAUCCACUUAAUUCAGAAAAGAUCUAAGAAUCUUAUCCAGUGGGUAGGUUCUGAUCUUGACCAAGUUGUUGGAAAAGCACCAGAGCAUCAAAACCUUAAAGAUGAACUCUCUGACUUGUCAGCCAUGGAAGAAGCUCUGGAUGAAUUAAUCAAGGAUUGUGCUCAUCAGUUAUUUGAACUAACGGAUGACAAAGAAAAUGCAAAACUAGCUUACGUGACAUAUCAAGAUAUCCGUAGCAUUCAGGCAUUUCAAGGACAGAUAGUGAUUGCAAUCAAAGCUCCAGAGGAAACCAAAUUGGAAAUACCAAUUCCUAAAGAAGAUUGCAUAGAAGUACAUGUGAAGAGCACAAAAGGACCCAUUGAUGUGUAUCUGUGUGAGGUGGAACAGGAGAAGUCAGGUGCCAAAACUUUUGAAGAGAUGGAUACUGUCCCUUCUGAAACUGAGCCUUCAGUUCCUCCUGAUGAAGAUGGCAGAUUAAUUACAAAAAUCUAAUACAGAAUGUAAAUAUCUGUGAUAUAGAGCUUUUCCAAAGCCGCUUGGAUCUGCAAACUUACUAACCAGAAAUGUUCCAAAGUGUUUUAAAUUUAAAACAGCAGUGGGUUGGUUGAGUGCUGUCACAGGAACAGGAUUGCUUAUCUUCCCACGUCGAAAGAUGGCAGUUCCUAGAGUUGCUUUUAGGAGCUUUGUUUUCAUAAUUGCAUGUGAUCUACAGAGCUUUGGGAAAAUGGUAUUUUUAGCUUAUGAAAUAAUUUUAAAUGAUGGAAAACACAGACAAUUACUUCUAAAAAUGAAGAUUUGAAAACUAUUUCUGGAAUGAUCUGCAAUCCUUAUGAGAAUGUAUAUAAUAAAAGCACUUUUCAGUUCUGAGGCUGCACUACUACUAAGCAGAAUUGUCACAUGAGUGUAACAAAGAACUGGUGUAUCAGAAGCCUUCACUAGAGGGAAGAUGUAAAUAUCAUGAGAGUUAUGCCUUACACUGUGUAGAUGCUGUUUGCAUUGUUUGCAUCCAGCUCUGCAUGAACUAUGGUAUCAACACUGAAGUUAAAUAACUGGGCUUUUUGUAUAUAUCUGUAUCAUGUCUAGGUAGUUACUGAUGUAGAUUUAUUGAGAUGGUUUGCAUUUCUGCCUUUGUACAGCAAAGAAAUAAAAUAAGCUUAUAAAA